AUGGCUACACCGCCAACCUUAAAGCGGCGGCGUGUUGCACGAGCAUGCGACAGUUGCAGGAAUUUGAAAGCGAAGUGCGAUGGCAAUCAGCCUAGCUGUGGACGUUGCGCUGGCUAUGGCUAUGCUUGUCGCUGGGACGAGGCUGAUGGUCGCAAGAAAGGUUUGGAAGGCGGCCGAGCUGACUUAGAUUUGCUCUCGAUGAAUGCUCAGGGGCAAAACUUGAUGGACGCAAUCUCUACAUAUGACAGCUUGGUUCGGGAUCUCCGCAAGAAUCUUUCGCCAGAGGAUUGCAAAAUGGUCGACUUGCGCAUCGCCUCAAUUCAGCUUCCUAGUCGUUCCAGAAAGCAAGUUGAAAAUGGUGAUCGUCCCUCACCAGAGCAGCUAGCGGCCGUCGAUCAACACCCGAUCUCUGUUCAACGCUACUUAGGCGAGGCGAGUGAUAUUCGAUUCUUCCACGCCAUUGAAGCCACCUUCGGCCAACAAGAGAGAGAUAUUUCUGAGGCGCAUGUCGACAGCUAUGAGCAAGACGGUAUUCAACUAGGAACCUCAGAGCCGGGUCGAGGGUGCCUGCCACACAAGACAGCAGCCGAUAAAUUUGUCAAUAUAUACUUCGCCACCAUCCACAUUGCUUAUCCUUUCAUCUCGGAGGCUAGGUUCAGGACGACGUAUGAGAAGUUCUGGCAAUCGGAGUCGCUAGAGGGCUUCCGCGGUCCCUGGCUAUCUAUUCUACUGACAAUAUUUGCACUUGGCUCCUGCUACGAGAGGAUCGCCGAGUCUGAUGAUGGACGAGCUUUGAAUGGUCCCAGUUCCCACCAAGAUGUCCGUUAUUUUGAGCACGCCGUUGCAAUUUCCCAGAGGUAUACCUCGAAACAUACAGUCGAGCAUGUUUCUGCUUUGCUUGCCCAAUCCUUUUAUCUACUUGCCACUUGCCAGACCGACCAGUGCUGGAUCACACUUGGACUAGCAGCCAGAAUCUCUCAGAGCAUCGGGCUCCACGUGGAAGAAGGUGGUCUAAGUCGUGGAGAUGCCAUUGUGUCACGCGAAACAAAUCGUCGGGUUUGGUACUCCGUUUUUGUGCUCGAUCGCCUUCUUGCGUUGCAGCUGGGACGCCCACCCUCCAUUGGCGACGAUGAUUUCAAUGUCGGACUCCCGUCUCAACAAUCGGACGUCGAUCUGGUAGCUCAUGAAGAACGCCCCAAUGCCCCGCAGCAAGGUUGGAUGGGAGAUUACUUUGUGGCGAUGAUAAAGUUCUCUGAGAUAAUUGGAAGAGUUUAUUACAACCUUUAUGCACCUAAAAAGCCCAGUGAUAUCGCCACAACGUUGUCGAACAUCGAUCUUCUAGACACUGAAUUGCUGCAGUGGCGUUCAAUUCUGGACCGAAAAUUGAGAUUUGACCUCUCUCAUGUUUUUGAAAGCUCAAGAACCUUUCAAAGCCAGGUUUGCUGA